AAGUCGAAAUUGCUGCUGAAUAGUCCUGACAUGGAGUUGGAUAUGCACAACACAUCGACUAACGGGUCUCUAAUGCCCCACGAGGGAACACCCGGAGACGGGCUUAUUCUGCUCAUCAUGAAAACGACUGUAAUGGUAGUAGUAAUGUUGAGUGCUGUCCUGGGUAACUUUUUGGUGAUCAUGAGUGUGAUUCGAUUCGAGAAAUUACGGGCUACGGUCACUAAUUACUUUAUUGUUUCCCUCGCUGCUGCCGAUCUCCUUGUAGCUGUUGUCGUCAUGCCGUUCAACGCCAGCAUGGAGAUCACCGACAAAUGGAUAUUUGGCAGGACUAUGUGUGACAUCUUUAAUUCUAAUGACGUUUUGUUUAGCACGGCGUCAAUUUUGCAUUUGUGCUGCAUAAGCGUCGAUCGUUACAUCGCGAUAAUGAACCCUCUUCAUUACGAAGCUAAACUCACCAAACGGAGAGUGGCUUUAAUGAUUGCUGUCACGUGGAUUUCAUCUCUUCUCAUAUCCUAUAUUCCCAUCCAUUCUCAAUUUUACACGACUGAUCAAAAUUUACAGGAACUGAGUGUAAACCCUGAUUCGUGCAAGUUCGUGGUGAACCGGAUAUACGCAGUUGUGUCCUCAUCAGUCUCGUUCUGGGUACCAUGUACAAUUAUGGUGUUCGUUUAUUUUCGAAUUUUCAAAGAAGCAAGAAAACAAGAGAAAUAUAUUCGAUCUGCGAGUGUGUGUUCAACUGAACUAACAGGCAAUGGUGACUUGUUAAUUCCCGGAAGCACUAGAAAUUCUCGUGAUAUAUCGGAAAGGAAGAGACUUAAACGGGAACACAAGGCAGCCAGAACAUUAGGUAUUAUAAUGGGUGGGUUUAUUUUAUGCUUUUUCCCGUUUUUUUCAUGGUAUCUUAUUACUAGUUUGUGUAGAGAAAAAUGUCAGUAUCCUCCCCUCUUGGGAACGAUCCUGUUCUGGGUCGGCUAUUUUAACUCUUGUCUCAAUCCAGUAAUCUAUGCAUAUUGCAAUCGUGAGUUUAGACAAGCGUUUAAGAAACUGCUGAACUGGACAUACUGCUCUGACUUUAAUCAAAACUCCAAAUACUGUGUACGUAAGCGUUCCAAUAGUAGUUCGAAUAACAGCAAAAACGAUGAAUAUGUCCAAAUGGUAUAUGUGAAAAAAGAAUGCAAUAUAUGUGGUACAAACGUUUGA